GGGGGAGAGAGAGAGAGAAGAUGUCAACUUCAAGCCCAGUUUUUUUUUUUUCCCUUCUUCUUCUCUUUUCUUGACCUGGCCUUCUAUCGCCAGUCGCCACAACCCGCUCCUCUCCUCCCCUGCGCUUCCCGUCCAUGUCACGCUUCCGUUUCGUUUAGCCUCUCCCUUCUCUUCUUCUUCUUCUUCUUCUUCUUCUUCCUUAGAUUCCCGUUUGAGGAGGCUUCCUUGGGGGAACCUCUUGCCUCUCAGGUUGCAGCAGACUUUCUUGUCGCAAGAAACCAACGAAGACAGCAGAGAGAGGGGGAGUCAGUUCUUUGUUCAUUAGGAGAAUUAUGGUGAUCCUCAGUUGUUUCCAUACGAUUUUUGGCUCAUGAUGGCGUUCUGUGGACAGGAGUUCAGUCUUCAAAGUGGCGACCAAGGAACAUGAGGUGGGGUUGCCUUCAAUGAUCUGAUCUCUAUGCGGUCCAUCUGGUUCAAAACUCGAGGUACAAGGAUUUUCAUCUCCCAAUAGUUGAAAACAUGGGUUGGCUGAGCAAAAUUUUUAAAGGUUCAGUAAAUAGAGUGUCAAGAGGGCACUACAAUGGAAACUCCCAUGAAGGCUACUCAGCUUGGCAGACUAAAUCCUAUGAGCAUGAGAAUGACCAUGAAGACAUAGAUCACGCUAUUGCAUUAUCUUUAUCAGAAGAAGAUCAGAGGAAGGGGAAGGCUGUUGAUGAACCAGGUAUUGAUCAUCGUUUACAUGAAGAUGAACAGCUUGCACGGGCUUUGCAAGAGAGUUUGAAUGAUGAACCUCCUCAUCAGAAUGUUCCAGUAAAAGAUGUUCGCUCGGAGAGUACUCCAGCAACUUUCUUGCCCCCAUAUAUAUUCCCCUCAACUGGAUUCAGGGUUUGCGCUGGAUGUAAAACUCCAAUUGGUCAAGGACGGUUUCUUAGUUGCAUGGAUUCUGUUUGGCACCCUAAGUGCUUCCGGUGUUUUGCCUGUGAUAGGCCAAUAUCAGAAUAUGAGUUUGCAGUUCAUGAAGAUAACCCAUACCAUAGAUCUUGCUAUAAGGAGCUUUUCCAUCCAAAAUGUGAUGUUUGCAAGAACUUUAUUCCAACAAAUAAAAAUGGCCUCAUUGAAUACCGGGCCCAUCCUUUCUGGAUGCAGAAGUAUUGUCCUGCCCAUGAAAAUGAUGGCACUCCUAGGUGUUGCAGUUGUGAACGAAUGGAGCCAAAGGAUAGUAAGUACAUAACAUUAGAUGAUGGCCGGAAACUCUGCUUGGAAUGUCUGAAUACUGCAAUAAUGGACACAAACGAAUGCCAACCACUAUAUAUUGACAUUCAAGAAUUCUAUGAGGGUUUAAACAUGAAAGUGGAACAACAAAUUCCCUUGCUCUUGGUUGAGCGACAAGCUUUAAAUGAAGCUAUGGAGGCCGAAAAAACUGGACAUCACCUUUCUGAAACCAGAGGUCUCUGCCUAUCUGAAGAGCAAAUUGUCCGAACUAUAUUAAGAAGACCAGUAAUUGGACCAGGAAACAAGAUCGUAGACAUGAUUACAGGACCAUACAAACUGGUUCGACGCUGUGAAGUGACUGCAAUUCUUAUAUUAUUUGGCCUUCCAAGACUGUUGACUGGCUCCAUUUUGGCUCAUGAGAUGAUGCAUGCUUACCUCCGACUUAAGGGAUACCAAACUCUUGACCCAAAGGUUGAAGAAGGCAUCUGUCAGGUUCUAGCUCAUAUGUGGCUGGAGUCAGAAAUAACAUCAGGGUCUAGUAGCAUCAUUGCAUCCAUCGCAUCAUCUUCAUCGUCGUCAUCGUCAUCUUCAGCACCCUCAUCCAAAAAGGGUGUGCAGACGGAUUUCGAGAAGAAGCUCGGAGAGUUCUUCAAGCACCAGAUUGAGACAGACCCCUCUGAUGUCUAUGGAGACGGGUUCCGGGAUGGCAUUAAAGCCGUUGAGCGCUAUGGCUUGAGAAAAACCCUUGAUCAUAUGAAGCUUACAGGGGUUUUCCCGUGUUGAAGUCACAAAUUUAUAGGAUGGAUGCAAUUAAGGAAUUUUGGUUCAAAUUAGACACGCCAAAAGGGUAUAUAUAUGCUGUUAACAUUAAAUGAGCACUAGAAUAGACGAGCAACAAGGAUUUAGUCACACUAUAGAUAGCUGAAAACCUUUUCUGUUUUCUGUCAUACUUUAUACAUAUGAAGUUACACUUGCUCAUUCUCAUUA